AUGCCCGCUCCACAACUUUACGCAAACCAAACUGACCUAAGCGAAAGAGACGUGCUCCAACGGCAUCGGCAAAUACACACUGAUGACACACCUGUAAGCAAAUACAAGGAGAGAGCUAUUGAAGCAUGCGCGCAAUGUGCAACCGCGAAAGUGAGCUGUAACGAUAAAAGCCCUUGCGAGAGAUGUCAACGUAGAGGCAUAACUUGUACCCCACGCAAGUCAGGCCGGCGGCGUGACAAGGCAACGAUAACACCUAGAUCUGAUACCAAAACACCACAAAGCCAGAUAUUGUAUUCACCGGGGUCUACAACACCGUUCCCUGCCCGCGUACCCGAGCACAGUCUAUCUCGUGACCCCGUGGAAAAUUACCAGGAAUUGAGCGACUUCCCAGCAUUCUUCGAACAAGUCAUGAUGGCGCCCAAUCCAUAUAAUCUUGCGGGGGUGCCCGAAAUACAGCAGCCAAGAGGCGUGUUCGAUUUCAUGUGUGACCCGGAGUCUACUAGUCCAAAUGCCGGUCUGUUUGGCGCGGAUAUCCUCGCUGACCUGGACAAAAUACUUGAAUAUAAUCCAUCACCCGCUGCCACAAAUUCACAUCCAGAUCCUUCUAAUGAGGAGCAAAAUACGAAGCAACGGGUUGCUGCAUUCCGAAAAUCCCUAUGGCUUUGGGUACCCGAGAAAAACCAAACCGGCUUUAGUGAAAUUGGCCAGAUACCACUAAAGGAUGGAGAUAUGACAGCGUCCAUCUCGUCGCUGCAUAGGUCUCGGCUCGAAGCUUUGAAUAUUCGUGGCAAGCUCACGCAUCAGCUGCGGGAUAAUAUUUUCCAACUAGUUUUAUCUACAGGGGGAUCGCGACUUUCUGUGCCCUCAUUCCCAACCGCUGAAUCUCUCGACGCCCUUAUCAAGAUUGGCAUUUCCAAGCGAACCGAGACGGAUGCGUGGAUACACCCGUACACCCUGUAUCGCCAGGACUCACGGCCUGAACUAUUGACGGCGCUCGUUGCCGCUGGUUGCGUGUGUUCUGCUAUCCCAUCGAUUAAUAAAGCCGGUGUUCUCCUUCUGGAAAUAGUUCGAGUCAGCCUUACACAACUUUACUUUCAAGCGUCUAUGAUGUGGCUAGAUAUUGGAGUUUUUUGUGGUUAUAAACGCAAGAUGCAAAUAGCCGAAAGCCACCUACAGCCGCUAUGCACGGCUCUGCGGAGGGCCGGUGCUUUUGACCGCUCGUUCUAUUCUUCGGACCCGCCGUUCAUGGAUCUUAGCGAUGAUAUCGCGCUGGAAAGAACUUGGCUGCAGUGGAUACGGCAGGAGUCGCUGAAAAGACUGGCCCACCACCUUUUUGAGCACGAUGUCGAGGCAGCAGCAGCCAUGAACAGGCCUUCGCUCACUAGUUAUACCGAAUUCACGUUGCCUUUUCCGAGUGCUCGAGAUCUAUGGCUUGCACCCACUGCAGGUGCUUGGAAAGAUCUUUGGCUGGCCAAGUAUUCCCAUUUGGUACCCACGGGCUUGUCAUUGCGAGAAUUACUAGCAGAUCUUUCUAUACUAAAUAAUCUUCCUCUUGAUGUUGAUGCGGGCGUGGUGAAUUCGGCGGUGUUACACGGUCUGAUGAGUCAAGUGUGGGCUCUUCGUCAGCAGGCGCUGUUAGCGGACAGCUGCCGCACUGACACUCGUGCGAUGACCCGAUUGUGGAUGCAAAGCCGACAGGAUGAUCUGCUACAGUCUAUCACCGCAGCAAGGGAGGACAUGACGAACUUCCCAGCGAUUGCGACUUUGUUCAGCGAAUUUGCUAUGAUGCACCUGCAUGUAAACUUCGACUCCAUCCAGCGGUUUGCCGGCCAAUUUGGGGAAUCAGAGGCGAGGCGAGAAUAUCCAAAUGUUCGUGACUGGAGUUUGAAUAAAGAAGCUCGCUCCUCAAUCUGGCAUGCUGGGCAGCUUCUUCGCGCUGCUCGACUGGUCCUACCUUUCCAACUUCGUGGUUUUGAUAGCUUAGCGAUCUACCACGCGAUGCUAGUCCUUUGGGUAUUUGGAUUGUUGCGGUGCGGUGAACACCAUCGCCAGGAGGCUACUAGCCCGCCAGACGGCCGCCUUGGCCCUCUCGUCACUUUGGAUGGCCCCGAAACAGAGUCUGUAAAGGCGUUCAUCGCCCGAGGCAUAGGCCAGCCUGGCCUCACCCUCCACUCGGCUGGCCCUGAUGAAGAGAAUAACACUGUGUUCUGCCAACUUGCUAGUCCCCGCCUAGUGAUGGAUGUGGGGAGGCAGGUUUUCGAUAACAACUUUCCAGGAGCAACGGACAACUUGCCCCCGCUCGUUGACAAUUUACGCAACUUAAUACGUGAUCUAGGGAGCCUGCCAUAG